AUGAAUUCACCAACUAAAAUAUGGGAUAAGGAAAUGGAAAAAGAAGAAUUAGAGGAGGAAGAAGAUGAAGAGGAAGAAGAAGAGGAAGAUCUAAGAAUACCAGUGUCCAGUGACAAGGAAAUAAACUUGUUUUCUACCAGAAUCAGAUAUUUGCAGAGAAAAAAAUCUCAAACAUCAGUAGACUGUGGUGAUCAUAAAGUUUUGAUUAACCAAACUGACGACAUUUGUUUUGGAACUGUUCCGAGGGUUUUGGAGUUCUCCCAGGAUUUUGAAGUGGCUCCCUGGGAUUAUUUGACAAGUGCAGAUGAUACGAUAAGCUCACUUGCUAACAGACUCAGGAUUGGAAUCUCCAGUCAAGUUCUUGAGGAUGAUCAGGAUGAUAAAACUAACGAGCAGCCCAAUACAAAUAUCGAAUAUGACGAUUCAAAUAACUAUCAUGAAUCUGUAGAACAAAAGAAAACUGAAACUGCAAAAGAUGAAUUAUUUUCGCAAUCCGUGAACGAACAGAUGGAAGAACAUGACACCGAGGAAGAGAAGGAGGAGGACGAGGAUGAGAAGGAGGUGAAGGAGAAGGAAAAGAAGGAAAAGAAAAGAGGAUAAAAAUAAUCUGCCUAAACCCACUAAUGAGAAGAAGUUCUAUGCUCCGGACUCUAGCUCUGAUGAGGAACUUGAAGAAGAAUACGCAAAGCGUAGCGUUGAUCUUGACGCAAGUGAAUCAGAGGAAGAAGAAGACGACAAUUACAAAAUCCAGCCGCAAAACAACGCCAAAGCAGUAACUCUUGCACCCACUUCUACAAGGGAGAUCUCAGAAGAAAUGGCCUCAAAAUCUGUCCAAAGCAUCGGAGGCAUUGAGGAUGACGCACAGGUCAAGCCUCCAACAGGUUCGGAGGCUGAAAAGCCGAACUCUGAUUCAAACAAAAAACCGGAGGCGGAAGAUUUUUCAGAUCUGGACCUCAAGGACCCCCAGUUGGAGUUGGCCGCCACUAAAAUACAGUCAGUCUUUAAAGGAUUCCAGGCUCGUAAGAAGAACAAUCUUCGUAUUUAAAUCAUUCCAAAAUCUCGAGUUCUAAUUUAUCAACUGAAAGUUAAUAAAAAUAAAUUUCAAAUUAUU